AUGAUCAGAAUUUCUUUUGGAAACGGAAACGAGACUUCAAUUGGCAAAAAUGAAUUGUACCCAAAAUUAAUUGAAAUUAAUGUACCCAAGCCUUCUAAUCGUUCGUUUAAUCGGGUUCAACAACAACAACAACAAAAACAACAACAACAACAACAACAACAACAAGCUAGCCAAAAUCAAACAAACCAACCUAAAAAAUCGACAAGAAGUAAGCUCCCAAUGCAUGAUCAGGAUUUCUUUUGGAAACGGAAACGAGACUUAAAUUGGCAAAAUUACCUGACAUUUGUUCGUGCGACAAUGAGACAGUAAACACAAUUCCUGUUAUAAUUUCGAAACGAAUUAAUAAGAAAUAUAAUGUGCGAAAUAGGGCGCAAAAUUUGAUUAGUGUUUCCUUGGAAAAGCCUAAAACCCGUGGUCAUGCAAAAAAUAAUUGUAUCUAUGUCUCCACCAGUUCUAAAACAGUAUCCCAGUCUCUCGAUCCUAAUGCAGUCGUUCUCGGACCGGAAUCGCAAGUUGUUGGGAUGAUAGAACUUUCCGAGGAAUUGAAGUUAGCACAUUUAAAUAUACGAUCCCUACGAAACACAGCCAUUUCUUGCAGUUGAAAGAACUCGUUAGAACAAAUAGAAUUGACGUCUUUACUACCUCCGAGACAUGGUUGAACACUACGGUAACAAAUAAGAAAUUAGAAAUCGAUGGUUACAAAUUACAUCGCCUGGAUCGAUUGUAUAAGAAAGGUGGCGGUGUUUGUGCAUACGUUCGUAAAAACAUAAAGUCAUCGGUAAUCAAAGAACUUACUCAGAUAUCUGACACAAGCUUCCAUCAAUUAUGGAUUAAUUUGCAGUAUAAGAAAACUAAGUUUUUACUGGCCUGUGUCUGUUAUCGUCCUCCAGAUUGUCCACUUGACUGUUUCGAAAAUUCUCUUAAACCUCAGUACGUCCAUGCUCGUAGUAUGCGAUAACCGAUCAUCAUCUUGGGAGACCUAAAUUGCAACAUGCUGAACACAACAAGUCGAGAAUGUAAAUCAUUAACCGAAAUGACGUCAGAACUCAAUCUCAAACAAAUAAUCGAAUCUCCAACCCGCAUCACAGACAUUAGCCAAUCAUUGAUUGACGUGAUUUUAGUCAGUUCUCCUAAUACCGUACGUGACAGUGGUGUCCUUAACUGCACUAUCAGUGAUCAUCUACCCGUAUAUGUUACGCUUAAGCUAAAGUCUACCAAACCACCACCCACCCACAUUACAGUUCGCAGCUAUAGGAACUACGACUCCGAAUUAUUUGCCGCUGAUCUCGCAUCUAAAUCUGAACGCCUUCUUUCCAUCUUUUCAGUCUGAUAUUAAAGAAAAACUCAAAAUUUUCGAUGACGUACUUCAGACCACCCUCGAUUCUCAUGCUCCAAUAAAGACCCUAAAAGUCAGUGGCAGACCGUGCCCUUUUCUGACACCUGAAAUAAAAGAACUGAUGUGCAAGAGAGAGCGACUACACCGUCUUUUUCUUAAGACACGAAACUACAGCGAUUGGUGCAACUUCAAAGCAGCUCGUAACGCUGUUAAAGACCGAAAUCAUUAAAGCACAAUCAUGUCUACAAUGAAGUGAUGAAGCAUAAGAACAAAACGAGUUCCUUAUGGAAAAUUAUAAAAGAUACUGUAGCUUACAAAGAAAAAGAGAUGGUCGUCUAUAGCAUAACCUGAAGUUCAGGCCCUAAUUUGAAAUAGGGCCUGACACAAAACCUGUCUAGACCGUGGGACGCCCACAUGUUAUUGUUAGACACACAUGCAAUAUGAUUGACAAGUGUUGUAGAUUUCGUUACACAAAAAAUUUAUAUUCUUAUGAACAUGUCCACAGAGCAUUUUUCUUUUUAAUUAAACUUAAAAAUUCAAGGUACUUUUAUAUAAUUAAGAGUCAGUUUCUCUAUUUAACCGAACAGGCGAACAGCAAACAAAGAUUUAAUUAGUCAGUUCUGUGCACGGCUUGACUGCCAAGCUAAUUCUCAAGGUCUCAACUUGCUGGACGCGGAUAUACUCUAACUAAUAACAGCAACAAUUAAAUUCCCAAUCAUACCACGAAGAAGGCGAUGUAGCUCAGAAAACAACGCCGGUAGGACCUGAUAUUAAAAAUAAGACUUUUGCCGGCGAAGCAAGUUGGCAGUACAUCUUGGCUGUCAACAACAAGCUUUCGAAUACAUGACUAGUUUGGCUGUUCUUUCAGCGUCGUGUGUGUGUCCAAAAUUCGUCAAAGAUUUUGAUGAAGCCCUUUCAAAAUACUGUAUGUUUGAUUUAUUUUCUGCCAUAAAGCAUAAAGGAAAAGAAAUUCGAAAAAACCGAUACUGGAAUUUGUUACGUGCGGUUGACCUUUAUAUUAAUUCUCGCCUUGACCGAGCUAUUUUUAAAACUGUUGUUUAUGUGAACUUGCAACCAAUCAAAAUCCUUCAUGAUGCUGAUCAACCAAUCAGAUUUCCCGUCCACCAGGUGGACGGGAAUCCCACAGUUUUGAUAGGUUUUGUGUCAGGCCCUAUUCUGUGAUAGGGCCUGAACUUCAGGUUAUCUAUAGCAAAGACCCAAAGAUAAUUGCUGAAGAGUUCACCACUUUUUUUCUUAUGUUAGGGAAAACACAGCCAUAGCAGCAUCUCAAUUAUUACAAGAUUAUAAUAUUUACCCUGAUACUCCACCCACUACAGCGUUUAAUAGAAAUUACACUGUAUACGAAUCUGAGAUGUUUAAUUUUAACCCUGUCUCCUGUUCUGAAGUUAAAAACAUAACGUCCAUGCCCACCAACAAGGCUCCAGGUAAAGAUAAAGUAAGCAUGCGCAUUAUUAAGGACUGCUUACCAGUCAUCCUCGGACCAUUAACAGAUUUUAUUAAUGCUUCACUGACGUCUUCUGAGUUCCCACAAUCCUGA